AAAAAUAACUCGAGUUUCGCCUGAUCACUGAGAGCGCUGGCCAAGUCAGGGCAGCCCCGCUGGAGGGAGAGGUUCUGCCCUCGCGGCCGAUGAGUCAGGUGCGAGGCCAGCUCGAGCAUCUGGACUAAUUUGUCCCCGGCAUCCGGCUGCCUGCCGUUUCCUCCUCUCCCACCCUUAUUUGGAGCCCUGACAGCUGAGCCGUAAACCAACUGGGCGACGGAACCGUCACCCUCCUCCGCUUCCCGGCAUGGGUCCCCGUUGCCCAGGAGAGAGAAGCCCGAGGCAUCAUCGCAGCGAGAUAACCAAGGACUCUUUUUUGCUCUCCUCACACCUUUGAAGUGGGAAGCUCUUGAGGCCAAUCAACAAGAAUGUGGCUCUUGCCGCCUAGGUUCCCGGGGCUUGCUGGGGCUGCUCAAGGCGGAGGGGCCGUGGAGGGCUCUGCUGGACUGAUAACUUUAAAAGGGCAUCUUCUGCUGGCUCCUCACUCGGCUGCUUUAUCGCUGCAAGUGACAGAAUGGGGAGGGUUCUGUCCCUCUUGCGCCCUUGGAGAGCCGGGGGGCUAUAAAAAGAGGAGGCGCAGGGCAGCUGGGAGACGGAGACAGGCGGAGACGAACCACGGUUGGUCGGCAGAGGGAAGCCGGAGAGGAGAGGAAAGGCAGCACAAGCGGCAGAGCACUCCUUGACCCGACGCCGGCAUGGGCUCCUUCUUCACCAUCACCACGAGCUUCCUCCUCUUUCUGGCGUUCCAGCUGCCAGGGCCAAGCAGAGCCAACCCCGUGUACAGCUCCGUGUCCAACGCUGACCUGAUGGAUUUCAAGAAUCUGCUGGACCAUUUGGAGGACAAGGUGCCUAUGGAAGAGGAGCUCCUGCCCCCGCAAGCACUCAGCGAGCAGAAUGAGGAAGCUGGGGCAGCUCUCAGCCCCCUCCCUGAGGUGCCUCCCUGGACCGGGGAGGUCAGCGCAGCCCAGAGAGAUGGGGGUGCCCUCGGGCGGGGCCCCUGGGACUCCUCCGAGAGGUCUGCCCUCCUGAAAAACAAGCUGAGGGCGCUGCUUGCCGCUCCCCGGAGCCUGCGGCGGUCCAGCUGCUUCGGGGGCAGGAUGGACAGGAUCGGAGCCCAGAGCGGGCUGGGCUGCAACAGCUUCCGGUACCGAAGAUAAUGGCCAGGCCUGGGCGGACUCCGAGGCCCGCGCCCCCCGGGGGCCUUUCGCUCCACCGUGUAUCACCUCAUUGCCCUCCGGCUGAGUUGUGACGAGCACCCUGUCCGAGCUGCAGGCGCCUGUCCACACUUCCCACCUUUUAUGCUAAACGUAGAUGAAGUGGUUUGACUGUGGCUUCCCCGCCUCGCCCACCCCGUGCAUUAUUAUUAACAUUGUAGGGUAAACCCUCACCUGUGAUUGAAAGAGGUUUGAAAACGAAUAAACUUCAGCACCAUGGACAGAAGCCAAAAAAAAAAAAAGCUGGGUU